GGCGGCCCCGUAGAAGAUGGCGAACCGCACAGUGAAAGACGCUCACAGCGUUCAUGGCACCAACCCGCAGUACCUUGUGGAGAAAAUCAUCCGUACCCGCAUCUAUGAGUCCAAGUACUGGAAGGAGGAGUGCUUCGGCCUCACUGCGGAGCUGGUGGUCGAUAAGGCCAUGGAGUUGAAGUUCAUUGGGGGAGUUUAUGGUGGGAACAUCAAACCCACUCCAUUUAUGUGUCUGGCACUGAAAAUGCUGCAGAUUCAGCCAGAGAAAGACAUCAUUGUGGAGUUUAUAAAGAACGAAGACUUCAAGUAUGUCCGUGGACUGGGUGCUCUGUACAUGCGGCUCACAGGGACUGCGACUGACUGCUACAAAUACCUUGAGCCCCUCUAUAACGAUUAUCGGAGAAUCAAAGUUCAGAACAGGAAUGGAGACUUUGAAUUGAUGCAUGUAGAUGAAUUCAUUGACCAGCUUCUCCACAGUGAACGUGUCUGUGAUAUCAUAUUACCUCGGUUACAGAAACGCUAUGUGCUUGAAGAGACUGAACAGUUGGACCCUCGUGUCAGCGCUCUGGAGGAAGACAUGGAUGACGUAGAAUCUAGUGAAGAAGAGGAUGACGAGGACGAUAAGGGCAGAGACCCCUCUCCAGAGCAUCACAGACGGAGUUACCGUGAUUUGGACAGACCACGUAGGUCACCUUCACCUCGCUAUCGACGGAGCCGCAGCCGCUCACCUAGAAGGCGUAGCCGCUCACCCAAGAGAAGGAGUCCCUCGCCCCCGCGCCGGGAAAGACAUAGGAGCAAAAGUCCAAGGAGACACCGGAGCAGAUCAAGGGAACGACGGGAACGUCACAGAUCCAAAUCUAAAUCUCCAGCUCACCACAGAAGCCACAGACACAGGAGCCAUUCUAAGUCUCCAGAGAGGUCAAAGAAGAGUCAUAAAAAGAGCAGACGUGGCAAUGAAUGACCAGAGACCAUUGUUAAUGCUCAUUAUGUAUUCAGGAUUUUUUUGUAUAUAAACACGCAAUCCUUUCAUCUGUUAUUUGAUGCACCG